CCUGUUCCUGAGAGCGAGCGAGCGAGCGGGCGAGUGCGUGCGCGCGCGCGCAACGUUCGCGUGCGCGUCCUAUGCGUGUAUGUCCUGCUGUAUGAGGGAGACAGAGGAGGAGCAGCGCGUGUGUGGUGCGUGAGCUCGUGUCGUGUAAUUUCUUCGUGCGUCCUUCUUUCCCCCUCGUUGGUGGUACCGUUCGGCAAACGAGGCCGCGAACGUGACAGACCAGACGAUCCGCGUGUACGAUAUGUCGGAACACCACCGCGUAGCCGGUGGCUGGGGCACACCGAGCCCAGGAAACCGCGAGGACGGCUCCGGUGGUACCGCCUGGUGGCCCUCCGGUUUGAACGCCGUAUCGGCCGAACAGCAACAACAGCAGCAGCAAGCACAACAGCAAGCACAACAGCAAGCACAGCAGCAAGCGCAGCAGCAGGCGCAGCAGCAAGCGCAACAGCAAGCGCAGCAGCAACAGAAUCUGCACCAACACUUGAUGAACCAGCAGCAACAGCUAUCUCAGCAGCAGCAGCAGGCUCAGCAACAGCAUCAUCAGGAUAUCGUUAGGAGUACCGCCGCCGCUACCCAGCAGCUUUUCUCCUACAAGAUGGCCUCCAGCUUUCAGAAUCCAGCCACCACGGGCACACAGUCGAAUCCCGUCUCGACUUCGACGCCGGUCGGCUCCUGCAUGAGGGGAGGAUAUGAUUAUAGAUUAGGAACGGGGCCCGGAGCGGGCGGCGGUGUACCUGGUACACCUUCCGCACCACCGCCUGGCGUACAGUGGUGGUAUCCAGGUGGAGUUAUGGACGCCGGACAGAACAACCUGCAUCAGCAAUUGCAGGGCCAACAGCAGCAGCAGCACCUCUCGCCCAUUACCACACAAACGUCCACGCCCCCCGUUAUGUCCCCGACGAUAUUAAAUAGCUAUUUGCAAAGAAUAGAAGAGGAGUGGAAAGCACGGAAUUACAAUCAUAAUUUCUUGAUUAACGAGAGUAAAAAUCACCAGUUACAGCAAUUGUCGCAGCAACAGAAUAAUCUCCAGCAAAAUAACGCUCAGAGUUUGCAACAGCGUGACAACAUGCCGAGAGGAAAGGAUUCAAAGCCAAGGGGACGGAUGACCGCGUACGCGUUCUUCGUACAAACGUGUCGCCAGGAACACAAGAAGAAGCAUCCCGAGGAGAAGAUCGUCUUCCGGGAGUUCUCGAAAAAGUGUGCAAUGAGGUGGAAGACCAUGUCCGACAAAGAGAAGAAACGUUUCCAUGAAAUGGCAGAGAAAGAUAAAAAGAGAUACGACACGGAGAUGCAGAAUUACACGCCACCGAAAGGGGAGAGUAAAGGCAGGGGCAAGAAACGCAAACACAUCAAAGAUCAUAACGCUCCUAAAAGAUCGCUAUCCGCGUUCUUCUGGUUCUGCAACGACGAGCGUGGCAAAGUGAAAAUGCUUAAUCCCGAAUACGGUGUAGGCGACAUCGCCAAGGAGCUUGGUAAGAAAUGGUCAGACGCAGAUCCUGAAACCAAAUCUAAGUACGAGGCUAUGGCGGAGAAGGACAAGGCUCGAUACGAAAGAGAAAUGACCGCGUACAAAAAGAAGAUGAAAGACGGGGCACCGGUGGUGGGAGUGGUACCAGCGAAUACUGUAAAAAGCGACAGCGAAGAGGAGUACAAGGAGGACGAUGAAUAGCGGAUACACGACAAAAUUUCAUCUAUCACCCCGUGUCCUUGAUCCUGAAAAAAAAAAAGCAUACCUCACCUACUGUACGUACCAUUGAUCUUAGCGUGAGCGUACUUACACCACUAGGAAAAACAAAUAACUAAUCACAAGUCCCCGAUUAUUUACAAUAAUAAUUAAAAUACCCGCGAUUAUAAUAAUUAUUUUAAAAUUGUAUGUGUGCGUGGUACGGAGAGAGAAAGUCGGAUGAAUGACAUUUGUAUUUUAACAUAAUUGAUAGUAACAUGUAAAAUGGCGUAGGAUAGCAGAAUGACAACAACAACAAAAAAAAAAAAAGAAAGCAAACAAACGAUGAUAUGGUGCCCGGCUCUGAGUGGAAGGCGCAGGGGCUCGCUGAGAAAACAAUUGUUGAUAUAUUGUCUCCAUUGCUAUGUUGGAACGAACAUAGAGAGAGGAAAUGCGGGAUACGGCGCGGCUCCAUAGUUGGGCUGGUGUAUCAAUCAUUACUAGUUUUCGAGACGUUUAUCAGUUCAGUUCAUUCGCUGCCAGUGUAAGAAGAAGACGAUUGUAUAUCCUUGUACAGAAUAUUUGUUUAAAUCAAAUCUGUCGCAGGUCGUGGGGCAUGGGGCUGCUUUGUAUGAAUGUAAUUGAUUUAAGUACGUGUCGUAUAGUUGUAAGUAUUAGGAUAAGUAUAUAUAUUUUAAAUGCAAACCUUCGAUUCUACAUCUGCGUCAACGUGUGAUAGUUUCCAUGAACAAUGUAUUCUAAACCAUGAGAUUGAGCCUUAUAGCUUAUAAGUAAUUGGGAUAUCGGGAAACACGGAAAUAUCUAGAGUUCGCAAACAUUGAUUGGUUGAAAGCAAUUGCAACAGCAGUUAAAAAAACGAUCACCCAGCCAUGGAGCAGUGGUAUUGUAAAGUAUCUCACAGAUCAUGAUAAAGAAAAGUAUUCAUUUCCUUUUGACAAGAAAGAAAGAAAGAAAACAAAAAUGUGAAGAUUA